UUACAGUAUGGCACUAUCUAGAAGUAAAUUCUAGGUUCAAUAUGGUUGACAUUAUGAGUGACGACGUGGUGAAUAACGUGCAAAAUCUGAAUUUAAAGGAAGAAAAGGCAUGAAUGUGAUUUAUUCGUAAAAAACUUUUCAUUCUUUUUAUUUUUAGUAUUAAAAUACGAUGAUGAAAUUAUACAUUCGCAACUUGUAUAAUACAAGAAAUUUGUAUAAUGUUUCUGUGAGACCACAUGUUUCUUGGGCAAAAAUGAAGGCAUUAAAAAAAAAGAAUGCCGCUACCGAUGAGAAAACAAUUUCGGAAUUAAAGCCUUGGCCGAAUUAUAUUCAGGAACGCAUAGCAUUAUGGGAUAAAUUGAAAACAGAUUACGAAGCAGAAUUAGCUACAAAGCCGGUUGCUGAAAUAAAAGUAACUCUUCCUGAUGGGAAAGAAGUUGUUGGACAAUCUUGGCGUACAACGCCGUAUGAAGUAGCAAGGAGUAUUAGUCAAGGUUUGGCUGAUAGUGUUGUUAUUGCCAAAGUCAAUAAUGAACUAUGGGAUUUGGAUAGACCCCUGGAGUGUGAUUGCAAACUUGAACUUCUUAAAUUUGAUAGUCAUGAUGGCCAACAAGUCUUUUGGCAUUCUAGUGCACACAUUCUGGGAGAAGCUAUGGAAAGAGUAUACGGUGGUUGUUUAUGCUAUGGUCCACCAAUUGAAAAUGGAUUUUAUUAUGAUAUGUAUCUAGGUGACAAAACUAUAUCAAAUCUAGACUUUCCAUACUUGGAAACUCUGUAUAAAACUAUAGUUAAAGAAAAGCAACCUUUCGAAAGACUAGAAAUGAAGAAAGAAGAUCUUCUGGAGAUGUUUAAAUAUAAUGAAUUUAAAGUUCGUAUUAUUAAUGAAAAAGUAGCUACGCCUACCACCACUGUGUACAGGUGUGGACCAUUGAUAGAUUUAUGUAGAGGACCUCACAUUAGACAUACUGGAAAGGUGAAAGCUAUUAAAGUCACCAAAAAUUCUUCCACUUUUUGGGAAGGAAAUGCUAAUGCAGAAUCCCUGCAAAGACUUUACGGUAUCAGUUUUCCAGAUACCAAGCAAUUGAAAGAAUGGGAAAAGUUUCAAGAAGAAGCUGCUAAACGAGAUCACAGAAAAGUAGGAAGAGAACAAGAGCUCUUUUUCUUCCAUGAACUUUCUCCGGGGUCAUGUUUCUUUCAACCGCGCGGCGCGCAUGUUUAUAACACUUUAAUAGAAUUUAUUCGCUCUGAAUAUAGAAAAAGAGGUUUUCAAGAAGUGGUCACUCCUAAUAUUUAUAACAGUAAGUUAUGGCAAACCUCUGGCCACUGGAUGCACUAUGCAGAAAACAUGUUUUCUUUCGAUGUCGAGAAAGAAACUUUUGCGCUUAAACCUAUGAAUUGUCCUGGUCAUUGUCUGAUUUUUGACGUUCGUAGUAGAUCUUGGCGUGAAUUACCAUUAAGAAUGGCUGACUUUGGAGUAUUACAUAGGAACGAAAUGUCCGGAGCACUGACUGGACUUACCAGAGUCAGACGUUUUCAACAGGACGAUGCACAUAUAUUCUGUUCGGUAGAUCAAAUUAAAGAUGAAAUGAUUGCCGCGUUAGACUUCUUGCGUUAUGUGUAUUCCGUUUUUGGUUUUACAUUUAACUUGUGUUUAUCCACAAGACCUGAGAAAUAUAUGGGAGACAUUGAGAUGUGGAAUGAAGCCGAAAAAGCAUUGGAAGAAAGUUUAAACAUGUUCGGGGAACCAUGGAAAAUAAACCCAGAAGAUGGUGCGUUCUAUGGUCCAAAGAUUGAUAUAACAAUUAUGGAUGCUUUGAAGAGACAUCAUCAGUGUGCUACUAUUCAAUUGGACUUCCAAUUACCAAUUAGAUUUAAUUUGUCUUAUGUUAAUGAGGCCGGAGAGAAGACAAGGCCAGUAAUCAUUCACAGAGCUAUUCUGGGUUCCGUAGAAAGAAUGAUUGCAAUUCUAACCGAAUCUUACGCUGGAAAGUGGCCGUUCUGGUUGUCCCCGCGACAAGCAAUGGUCAUUCCAGUAAGUUCCCAAUUCGAUGAAUAUGCUUUCCAAGUGAAAGAUAAACUAUGGGAUGCUGGAUUUAUGGCGGAAGUUGAUACUGAUGCAAGCGAUACUCUGAAUAGAAAAGUGCGGAACGCUCAGCUUGCACAAUUUAAUUUCAUUCUUGUUGUUGGGGAAAAGGAACUUAAAGCUAGUACGGUAAACGUUAGAACCAGAGACAACGUGGUACAUGGGGAGGUUGCGGUGAAUACUUUAAUCGAAAAAUUCAAAUUGUUUAAAGAACGAAAGGUUCAAAAUUGCGAGGAAAAAUUUUAAGCGAGCUUCAUGGAUGAACAAAUUAUUUAUUUAUUUAUAGGCUAAUUUCCAACAAUAUCGGUUGUAAUACAAAACCAAUAGAACUAGAAGUAACAUUUUGACGAUAAAUUAGGAUAAUGCACAGAAGCUAUUUGAAUAGUAAUACCAGGCUAUGGGUAUCCUGUUUCUAAGGAAAUCCUAAAUAUAUAGGUUAACUUUUUUAUAAAAUAUUUUCCACAGUUCCUUGCUGAUCAAGUUAAUACACAAUCUAAAAAGAAAGUUAUGCAUUUAUAUUGACAUGUUCUGUUCCACAAUAGUGAUAUAUAAAAAAGAUAAAUGUAGAGAUAAUACAAUACAUUUUGCAUUUCCUCUUUAAGCAUUUCUUUCUAAAGGACUUAUUUACUACAUCAGGGAGUCAUUGACGAUAAAUUAUUUAGAGGCUACGGAUGACAUUUGAUUAUAUCCGUCUUUGUGACAGAAACAUCGAGUGUACAUUGUAACAUGAAAUGUUUAUCACAAUGGCUGUGCUCCAUGACUUACUGCAGACACUGUCAAUUUGCAUAUUGCAGUAGCUGCAUUUUAAUGUCCUUUCAGAAUAAAUUGUUACAGUAAAUUAUAUCUGAUCCCCAAGCUAACAGAAAAUUUCUGCCUUUUAAAUCUCUUGUAGCAACCGUUACAAUAAAGCAGCAUGUUCGAUUGCAA